AUGCUAGCGUGCCUGGCCCGGGGGAACUUUCUGGACGUCCUGCAGGAGGGCUUCAACGAGCAGCAACUGCAGGCGUACGUGGCCUGGGUGAACGCGCAGCUGAGGAAGAGUCCAGCAGUGAAGCCCGUGCAGGACCUGCGACAGGACCUUCGGGAUGGGGUGAUCCUGGCGCAUCUCAUUGAGAUUGUUGCAGGAGAAAAGCUGAGUGGGGUACAGCUGAGUCCCAGAAACCAACAGGAGAUGAAAAAUAAUGUGGAGAAGGUGCUGCAGUUUGUGGCCUCCAAAAAGAUCCGUAUGCACCAGACUUCAGCUAAAGACAUUGUGGAAGGAAACCUGAAGUCUAUCAUGAGGCUGGUCCUUGCCUUGGCAGCGCACUUCAAACCCGGCUCUGGCAGGACAGUGAGCCAAGGACGGGACUUCAGAGCCCCUCUGCAGAGCCACCAGCCACACUGUGCCACGGCUGUGGUCCAGGGAGCAGCUGCCGCUCUGGCUGAUGUGUGUCAUGACAUGUCACGCUCAGGACGGGACGUCUUUCGGUACAGACAGAGGAACAGCAGCACGGACGAGGAGAUCGAGAAUCCAUACUGGAGCGUGAGAGCUCUGGUGCAGCAGUACGAAGGGCAGCAAAGGUCCCCAUCUGAGUCCAGCUGCUCCAGCCUGACUUCACCCAGUCCUAUCCACAGUGCAAAGAGCGAAUCCAUUAUCACCCAGUCGGAGGAGAAGGCAGAGUUUGUGAUUAUUCCCUCUGAAGGAAUAGAGAACAGGACAGAGGAGACAGACUCUCCAGUAUCCCGAGACUGGCGACCAGGCAGCCCCACAGCCUGUCUGGAGACUUCAUGGGAAGAACAGCUGUUGGAGCAACAAGAACAUCUAGAAAAAGAAAUGGAGGAAGCCAAGAAAAUGAUAUCAGGACUACAGGCCUUGCUGCUCAGUGGGUCUUUACCGGAAGAUGAGCAGGACAGGCCCUUGGCCCUCUGUGAACCAGGAGUCAAUCCCGAGGAGCAACUGAUUAUAAUCCAAAGUCGUCUGGAUCAGAGUGUGGAGGAGAAUAAGGACCUAAAGAAGGACUUGCUGAAAUGUAAACAGGAAGCCAGAAACUUACAGGGAAUAAAGGAUGCCUUGCAGCAGAGGUUGAGUCAGCAGGACACAUCUGUUCUUCAGCUCAAACAAGAACUGCUGCGGGCAAACAUGGACAGAGAUGAGCUACACAACCAGAAUGUGGAUCUGCAGAGGAAGCUAGAUGAGAGGAACCGGCUCCUGGGAGAAUAUAAAAAGGAGCUGGGGCAGAAGGACCGCCUUCUUCAGCAUCACCAGGCCAAGCUGGAAGAAGCGCUCCGGAAACUCUCUGAGGCCAGUUACCAGCAGGUGGAUCUAGAGCGGGAGCUAGAACACAAAGAUGUCCUUUUGGCUCACUGUAUGAAAAGAGAGGCGGAUGAGGUGACCAAUUACAACAGUCACAGCUCUCCAAGCAAUGGUUUUCUCCCUCCGGUGACAGAAAAAGGGGCUGCUUCCAUCACUCCUAGAGGGACCAGCGACCUGCAGCUCGUUCGCGAUGCUCUCCGCAGCCUGCGCAACAGCUUCAGCGGCCACGACCCUCAGCACCACACCAUCGACAGCCUGGAACAGGGCAUCUCCAGCCUCAUGGAGCGUCUGCAUGCCAUGGAGACCCACAAAAAGCAAGAAAAAAGGGUUUGGGGCAAGUCACCCAGAACUCAAGCAGGUAGUGAAUACCGGGAGUCCUGGCCCCCUCAUUCCACCUUGCCUCACUCACAGAGCUCUCCAACUGUCAGCAGCACCUGCACGAAAGUGCUCUAUUUCACUGACCGCUCACUUACACCCUUCAUGGUCAAUAUACCAAAGAGGCUGGGGGAGGUGACACUAAAGGAUUUCAAAGCAGCUAUUGACCGAGAAGGGAAUCACCGGUAUCACUUCAAAGCGCUGGAUCCUGAGUUUGGCACUGUUAAAGAGGAGGUUUUCCAUGAUGAUGAUGCCAUCCCUGGAUGGGAAGGGAAAAUUGUAGCCUGGGUAGAAGAAGACCGCGGGGAGAAUUAA